AUGUCGUUGCGACCAAGUGAAAACUUUUCGCGAAUCAUACGUUUUGUGCGCAAUUUUUCCGCAUGUUUAGGCGUCGACGCCUACGAUCCGAACUAUCGCAUCAACAAGAACACGGCCAUGACUUUGUUUGCGAUUAUAAUAUAUUCCGGGUUUACAAUCACGACUGUGAUCCGUCUGAGAAAUUGGAAGUUCGCAUUGCAAGCUUUAGUAAUGGCUGGCUUUGUGAUACAAAGCUUGAAUAAGUUUUAUGUUGGAGUUCGCCAUUCACAAAAGAUUUACCAAAUCUAUCACAGUGUAAUUGAGAUCUAUAAGGAGUUCGAAAAGUACCCGGAUCCCAGAUAUGCAAGUGAUUUACAUCAGAAUUGUCGUAGAUUACGAACUGCUUUGAUUGUGGCUAGCGUCAUGUAUGCGGUUGGAGUUGUGGGCAUGAUCAUGUUGCCCAUUUUCGUCUCUUUGUUUACGGACAAAUUCAUCCUGAUCCUGCACUUUCAUAUCCCGGGCAUCGAUGUGACAACUGAGAUGGGAGCUUGUAUCACCCAAGCAGUGCAUGCCGUCAGCUUGGCAAUCGCAGGACUUGGAUUUAUGGCUGGCGACUCGACUAUCAUUGUAUUUCUGAUGCAGCCGUUUGUAUUCGUUGAUAUUUUGCGACUUAAAAUUGAAGUUUUCAAUCAGUUUGUGGACAUACCUGGAACUCAAUCCGAAUCGGAGAUUCAGCGAAUGCUUGUCGAUAUUAUGCAAUUUCAUCAGGAGUAUUUGAGGUCAGAGUCUAUAGGAGAAAAUACUUCCAAAUAA